AUCUGAGGGCACAGUUCCGGCGUCGCAUCGUGAGGACGCUUUUUGGAUUUCAAGCGGAACUGAACAACUCCAAAACAAAAACAACAAAGCCAAAAUAACUAAUUGCAAUCGCAUGAAAUUGGACGGCAUUGAACGCCUGGUAGGAGUGCUUUUAGAAAUUACCGGAAGCACAUCAUCUCCCUUUUACUUGUGUCUGCUCUGCCGUUGGACUUGUCGUUUCUUGUCUUUGAGGAGUGCAAAUAAUAUUAAAAAUGUCCUCAGCCAAGGAAGACACUUUAUCCCCAGAUGAGCUAAGGAAGAGGCUCUAUAAAACACUGAGGGAUAGGGGAGUGCUGAAUACACUUAAAACCCAGCUGCGCAACCAACUCAUCCAAGAGUUAAAACCUCCUCUAAGCGGAGCAGAACCACCUCUGAGACCAGUUGCUGUUAGAUCAAACUACCUUUUGGUCUCCGCCUGUAACAACAUAGUGGCGGAUUAUCUUCACUGCUCAGGCUAUGAGUACUCCUUAUCUGUAUUCUGCCCCGAGAGUGGCCUGUGCAAAGAGAAGGUAUUCAAGAAAGGAGACAUCCUUCAGCUUCUUAAAAUCAGCCCUGAGUCACCACUGUACAAAUCCCUGUCUUCAAGUAGCAACGAUUCAGGGUUCCUCAUCAACCUUGUGUCAAAUCUCACACAUCAUCAUGCUCCUGGUCCAUACUGUGAUGCUGACACGCAGACAACCAGCUCAUCAAGUUAUGAACAGUCUCUUGUUGAGAAGAUGAAAAUGAUUGACAAGGAAUAUGAGGGUGUGAAUUACAGCGGCGACAAGUGGUUUUCAUUCCAGUCCAAACUGGCUUCCUACAGAAGAGAACUAGAAGCCCAGAUGCAAAUUGAAAUGAACACAAAGAUGCAGCAUUUUAAAGACGUUGAAAUAGCCAAGGUUAAGAUGGAAGAAAAAGCGCUUUGCCAGAAGGAGUUUGACAAGUUAAAACAGGAACUGGAGAAAACCUACGAGAUGAAGGCGAAGGCGUUGAACAGCCGUGAGAAAAACGCGAUUGAGAGGUUGCAAAAGCAGCAAGAGAUUGAGGAAAAAGACAUCUAUAUGCAGAGGCAAAUGGUGCUAAAGGAAAUUGAAACGCUGCGGGACAGAGAGAAUGAGCUGCGCUUGCGAAUGGAGACAUUUCAAAAGAGUUGUGAAAUACAUGACGAGAAGGUGAAGACCAGUGAUGAGCUUAUGAGGAGGAGAGAACUAGCAGUGAAGAUGAUGGAAGACACGUAUGACCAGAGGCUGAAAAGUGAAAUGUCCAGGUAUCAGCUGCAGCUAAAGGAGGAUUACUUAAAGAGAACAGAGCAACUAACAGCGAGUGAGAGCCGCAACAAAGAGGAAACCAUUCACAUCCAAAAAGAGUCAGCUACAAUGAAGCUAAAAUUGGAGGAGUACAAUAAAGCCUGCUCAGAGCUGAAGAGGCUACAGGUGGAUCUGGACGCAGCGCAGCAGCAAACCGCUCUGCUCAAUCAACAGAAUGAAUUGCUGAGGGAACGAAUGGAGAGUAUGAGCGACUUUGCCAGUUUGAAAGAAGAUAAAGCACUUUUGCAGGGGCAAGUGCGGCUUCUUAAGACACAGCUGGAGGAGGCACAGGAGGAGAAACAGCGUCUCUGUGCAGACUUGGACAAACCAUCCAAAGAGCAGUUGGCCUUGCAGGUAGAACUCCGCAAGCUCCAGAGUGCUCGCAACGUGGACAAAGAAGAGUUUGCAGACCAGAAGCAGGUGCUGCAGACACAGCUCCAGCUCGAGGUGGAGCGAUGUGGUCAGCUCAAGGCGCAGCUGAUGGAAUGUGAGGAGAAGUUACAGUGGAUGACUGCUCAUGUUGAGGACCUCAAGAUGCAGAUUCGCCAAACUCAACAAGCUCUUGAAAAUGAAGUGCUGCGUAACCCCAAGCCGUCUCUGGUCGAUCGCUCCGUGUUGAAUUUCAGCGGUGACAAGCUGGUUCCCCCCGAUAUCUACGUUGACCGAGCGUUGCUGAGGCCCCAGGCGGCUUAUGAUCACAUGAGCGAAGUGGACGAGCAUGCGCAAGGUGACAAAUUCCGCUGGAGCGACUCCAACUCCGACUUGGAGAUGCUGGCUGAAACCAACGCUCGCAUCCAGCAGCUGGCAAGAGAGGCUGAGGCUUUGGAUGAAGCUUGCAGGAAGUACCAGCAGGGGGCAGCGCACGCCAACUACUCAAACACGUGUCCUCCGAAACCAUCACGUCGGGUGGACUCUCCUCUGCUGACACAAGCUUCUGACCUCUUCCGACCUUACACCAACCACAAAUCAAAGACCAUAUUAAGAUCUCUUUCUCCGAAAAAAAGUCGGCCCUCCUCCCCAGCAGCCUAUGACACCAGAAACGUCUUCACAGCUACUCAGCACAGAGUGACCUUCUCACAAGACCAAAACCGCAAGUCCUCCGGCCUUCUCUCAGCAGCUAGUAGCCUUUCAUCUUCUGAGCCUCAGUCUGUAAGAGAUGACCUCCCCCAUGACAGACACUCAUUCAGACGUCUGUCCUCCCCCGGCAGCAGAACGCUUCAUCAAGAUGCAGCAGGAAAGGUUGUUCUGUCCACCUUGUUCCCGGACUUGUCACAUGACAGCCACCUUCACUCUGCCCACCGAGACGAGGCAUCCAUCUCAUGUGACUUCUCCCCUGAGCUGAGCCCCCCUCCCAGUCCUCAACUCCAGAGUACGACGCGAGACCCACACAGUGCUCCAAAUCGACCUUGCAUCUCCUCCAGCUCGCAGUCUUCCCCGCAGCCUGAGAGAAUAAGUGUUGAGGAUCUCACAGGGAUUUCACCAGAACCCGGCCACAUUCCAGAGCUUCUCUUGGACACUGCCGUCCCUCUCUCCGAGGAGGCCCCCGGCGGCCCCUCUGUCCCCCGCCUACAGGCUCCGCGGGACCUCCCAGAAGACCUGACGAACUCCCAGGGCCAAGCGGAAGCUCCCCAAAUCUCAAGUGAAUUGGAGGAAGAGCAGGAGCGGCAAUGGGAAAGAGAGAGAAGAGAAAAGCAAGAACUGAGGCGCCGGGAAAAAGAGGAGGCCAGAGAGCGAGAACAACAGGAAGCAGAAAGACUGGAGAAAGAGACUCUCCUGCAACAACAACAGGAGGAGGAGAAGCAUGAGGGAGGAGGCAAGGACAGAGGAGAUGAGGAAGAAGCGCAGGAAGACGUCCUGAAUGAAAAUCCUUUAGCGAAAUACAUGAAGAUGGUUUUGGAAGCGCGAGAGAAGCAGCAUGAUAAAAGCUCUGGAGGAGAAGAACACGCAAGCCCAGAGGUCAAGAGUUUGUCUGAGGAGAAAGAUAACAGCAUUGCGGCAUAUUCGCACAAGGAUGAAGACGCUGAUGAUGAUUUCUGGUGACCUGGUUCACGGACACUGGUGACAUUUUUAUAUUUUUGUGUUGUGUGGAUGAAUAAAUAACCUACAAGGUCAUUUUGUGAUUAAUUUGUUUUAGCAUCAGAUGAGGAAAAUUAGGCAGCAUUUUGUUUCAUUUUUUUUAUUUUCCUUAAAAAAAAAUAGGUUGUGUAAAACCAAAGGGAGCUUUUUUUCCUCUCCCUCCAAUUUAACAGGAUGUUGUUUGUUUGUUGUUGUUCUCAUGAUUGAUAGGUAGGUAGCAUUUUUUUUUCCUUUAUGCUUUUGGUUGAUACCGUAAGUACCGUAAUUUCCAGUGUUUAAGCGCACCCACUAACUUUAGAGAGGAAAAAAACAGAUUUGUACAUACUUAUACAAGCCGCACAUGUCCACGUAAAAUGCCAUAUUGUGGCGCGCACGAGUCCGCGAGGACCAGGUAGCUCUUUAUUUGACAGGAGCCAAUCGUGAGCGAUAGAAAAAAAAACAAAAAAAUAGGAAAUCGCAGGAGAUAGUCACUCAAUGUAACAGUCUGACUGACGGUGCCAUCUUAGAUAAAAAGGCUAAAAUUAUCACACAGCAACUUAAGAAAGAUACAAGUUUAGAAUAAAAGACGACAAUGAUUUUAACUUCUUCCCAUCAUGCAUUGCUUCCCAGCAAAGCAGUUCAUUGGCCAUGGCUGCCGGAGCGCUGCAAUGAUUCAUUCACCUGCCUGUGUCCACCAGAGGGAGCUCCAUAGGGACUCAAUCACACACAGGCAGCUCAAUGAAUUAUUGCAUGAUGGGAAGAAGUUAAAAUUGUUUAUUCUAAACUCGUAUUGGUACUUAUGUGUAUUUCUUACCUACCUUUUCAGUGUUAAGUUGCUGUGUGAUGAUUUUAGCGUUCUUUGAAAGAUGACACCGAGUCAGACUGUUAUAUUGAGUAAAUGACCUGUGAUUUCCGAUGGGUUGACAAGCUCGUCGUGGCUUCCCUCAUAGCUCGUGAUCGGCACCUGCCAAAGAAAGAGGUACCGUUUCCUCACUGACUCGUGAGCGGCACAAAAUGUCAACGAUUAGUCGUCGUUCUGAAGUAAAGGAGAUGUCACGAGAUUAAAUUAGCCAUAUAUUAGCCUCACCACUGUAUAUGCUGCAGGGUUCAAAGUUUAAGAAAAAAGUAGUGGCUUAUAAACCGGAAAUUACGGUAGAUUUUUCCACUUUGGAGAGCUGAAAUUCCAAUUGCAUUUCAAUUCAAUGCCAACUGAUGCCUCAAUGAGGGAAGCCCUUAACAUUCAUAGAAAAUACAUACAGAUGUGUACGAACAAGGUUUACAUACUGCAGGGUGACUAAAAGCAUCUAUCACUACUGAACUGUCAUUUGUAUUUAAAAAAAAGCAAACAGGCAAACACUGCCAACCACUGAAGUCAGUAUGCGUGACUGCAUCAGUAUUUUUACUGCAGGAACACUUUGUCCUCAUGCAAUACCACGUUAACACUGCAACGAGGAUAAUGAAGAAGGGAUUACACACAGUAAUUAAUAGCACAUCGAAAACGGAUGCAAAUAUAGAAAAAUGAUGAAAAAAACUUUUAAAAAAUGUUCACAGGUCACACCUUCAAGGUCUUCAGAGCUACACCAAAGCACACUUCAAACACUGUUGAGUCAACAUAGCAAACGUUGAGAGAUCAAAUAAUGAACUAUUCCAUUUGUGAUUGGCUGCAGCCCAUUUUUAGCAAGCAGGUUACUGUUAUGGCAUCAAAUGACAUCGCUUCCUUUAGGUGCUCACAUACAGUAUCAUAUGCCCACUGGAUUACAUUGUGCAGGGGUACCUAACGUUAAUAAUAGCUAAUACAUGUCAGACAUGCUUUACGUUUCCACCAUCUUCCGGCUGUAGCAGACCCCUGAGGUAGAGUUAAUGUAGGCCAUGAAGUUAAACGUUUGCAUACAAGAGCACACAUAACUGCCUCCAUGCAUAUUUGACAUGAUUUUUUUUUUUUUUUACUAAAUGACACAGUUUCACGUGAUGGAUGGAUGAUUAGUGUACAAAAAAUGGCAGCCACAGGAGAUCCUCGCAAUAGAAAAAUCUGUAAAAGAAAUCCCUGAAAUACUGCAUGGUGAGUUAGUGUAGAAGCGGAGUGUGGAGUUAGUCUGUUAGUACGGCACAGGUGGUUGUUGAAGCUCAGCCUCGUGCGCCCUUUGCGUGUAUACUGAAUAUAUAUGUGUGUGUGUGUGUGUGUGUGUGUGUGUGUGUGUGUGUGUGUGUGUGUCAUCAUGCCCUUAUGUGUAGGAAUUAAGGCAUUCCUUGGAGCGUGACGUGAUGUCCUGCAGCUCUCGCUCUUCUUUCAUUUUGAUGUCUUGGUAGGCAUGCAUUUGACUGGCGUCCUUAAGGUAGGCCCAGUUUGCUGAGAGAAUCAUGAGGAAGUGGAUCUGGAAGAGAAGGGUGAAGUGAGGUGGAUGGCCGGUGAGCAGGGUCAAAGAAAAAGAAGCAAAGCAAAGCUCGUUAUUAUUAAACAAAAAAGGAGUCCCCGACUACAGUAAGUACAUCACACUGAGACAAAGUCCUUGAAAGCAAGGCUGGGGAACCCAUUCAGAUUUACCAUCCAACUAAUGCUUGCUUGUGUCUUUUUGACUUUUUAGAACAGCGUCGCUGAGGUAUUUGUUUUUAGAAUUGCAUGUCGCUCAGGAUUAAAUGCUGUGUACGGCCUACGGGCCACAGAUUCCCCACCCCUGAUUUAAAGGGUGACCCUUUUCACGAUGACGUCAGACCAUUUCUCAGUCACUUUCACUCCUGCUACGUGUGUUGUUAGGAUAUUAAUUGCUAUUGUGAUAAGGCGGACACAAACAAAACAUGGAAGAUUUGUAAUGCUUCUUUGUUAUUGUAGCUUCUUUUAUCAAAUCAGUGGACAUAAAGUUGUUUGACCUUGUUCUUCAAGUACAGUAAUCACUUCACGGCUUCACUCGCACAGUUUUUCAAAAAUAAAUCAACCACGCUGUUUCGUGGUUGACUACGGCUUAUUAUGAGUUCAAAAGUAUGCAUAUUUAAUCAAAUUGUAUGUUUUUUUGCCUAAAUUAAGCAUUUUUAAGCAUAAAAUGGCUAAAACUAAAAUACAAAUAUAAGGCAUUCCGAAGACACAUUCAAAGACGCUAUGAUGACAUGCAGUAGGGCGAGAGUAACACAGAACAACAGGCUUUUAUAUUUACCUUUACAGUCUUAUUUACUGUAUGUCUUCAAUGUCUUAUUUACUCUUAUUGGGCGAAAGGAGUGUAAAGGUGACUAUAGGGGUGUUAUUUCAUGUCAAGAGGGCUCUAAUAAUGUUAAAAGCCAUAUUUAGAAGGUUAUAAACAGAUUUUCUAUGCUAUGAAAAUAGUCCAUUUAUAAUAUAAAUAAGGAAUCCUACUUCAUGGAAAUUCACUUAGGGUCGGGUGUGGACCCGAUGAACCGCGAUAAACGACGGAUUACUGUAAAUCAAACUGAGCUAGUAAGAAAAUCCAAAAUCUGUUUACAACAAAAUGUCCUAAACUGACCCGAAUAUAAGACAACCACUAUUUUUUCUUUCUUUGAGACGAGUUUUACAAAUAUUUUUUUAAGACAAAAUGAAUAUUUUGAGUGAAAUAACGGGUAGAAGCAUAUCAUGCAGUUGUGAUGACUGCUUCACUCAUCACCAUUAUCUUACAAAUAGUAUCAUCACAGAUCGGCAGAAAAGCUCAUUUACAGUAGCUUGCUUGCAUGUAGAAUGUAAGACAUCUUAUAUUUGGGUCAAUAUGGACGCCUCACAUCAAAGCUUUUGAAGAGCGCUUUUCACAUCUGUCCUUUUUUUGACAAUAUGACUUCAUAUGUUGACUCAAAAACAUGUUUUUUGCUAAUAAAUGUCCCCAAUCUCGUCACAAAUCACCAAAUAUGUUGUUUGGUUCUCGUCUUGCGAACGGAAGUGGUUUGACGUCACGUGAAAAGGGUUGCAUUACUGCAAUGUUAUGCUUCAUAUUAAUAGUUGUAGUUGUUUUGCCAUUUCCAGUGCUACAGAAAUGACAGCGUAAAGAGGAGAAUGAGGGUGAGCAGAGAAGAAAGCAAGCCAGAGGUUGCAAGCUUUUGGAGAGUUAGUGCAAACGUUGUGCGCGUUUGUGUGUUUCUCUGUCGCUUCUUCACGUUCUCGUUUAAAAAAAAAAAAAGAAAUAAACCAGUUUGUUUGUUUGUUUUUCUUUAAAACAAAGAUUGUUUAUUUUAUAUGGAAUGUAAAGGCUACAGUCUUCCAAAAAAUUGAGAGGGAAUUAAAUAUAUGAAACAUGUAAGUGACUAUAAACAGACUUUUAAGCAUGCACGCUCAUUGUUAAGAUAAAAAAAAAAAAUUGAGAGAAAAAUCAAAGAAAUAUAAACUAGCAAAAGCAAAACCAGCAAAAAUGGAGAAAAAUACAUUUUUUUUCCUAAAAAAAAUGGAGUGUUAGGGCCACACUGAAAUGAAAAAAUGUACAUACAAUGAGAAUAAAGUAUUAAUCUUAUGAGAAUAAAGUUAAGAUGUUACAAUAAUACAAUUAUAGAUUUUUUUUUUUUUUAGAAAAACGUAUGAGAAUAGUCGUGAUAUAACGUUCAUAAACAUAUAGUUGUGUUAAAGGAAAACUGCACGUUUUUUGGAAUUUCAUCCACAAUCCUUAUGUGAAACACAAACACAUAUUUCGUUCCCUUUUCUGUGCGUUCUAGCAAGAGAAAACGAGUUAGUGUGAGCCAGCUAACAAUGCACGUCAUGGGAGGUGCCUAUUUUGUGUAAGUGUCGUCGCUGUUGUUGACGGAAGUACAGAAAGAUACUGCAAGUAUUACACGUUAUCAUCAUCGUACUUGUUGAUGCUUGAUCACAGCAUGUAUAUAAAAACAAUAAAACCUUGUUUGGUGUUUUUUUUUUUUCCAGAGGGCUUCAUAGUCAAAAUUGGUAUCUCCCAACACAUGCAUUGUUAGCUGGCUCACGCUAACUCGCUUUCUCUCGUGAGAACGCACAGAAAAGGGAAAGAAAUACGUGUUCAUGUUUCACAUAAGGAUUGUGGCUGAUGGGCAAAAUUCCAAAAGUGCAGUUUUCCUUUUAAGAAGAGGAAUUUUUAGGAUGCUGGAAGAUUGUGACUGUUUUUGUUUUAUUUUUUUUUAAUCUCGCCCUGGAAAACUAUAAUUUACUUCCUCGACUUUUUUCCUGAAAAAAUGACUCAUGUAAGAUGAGUAUUUUCUCAUAUUCCGAAUUCUUUCUUGAGAAAUUUUUACAUACUUUUUUUUUUUUACCCGUUUUUUUUUUUUUUUACCCUCAUCAUAUUAAAACUUAAUUCUAAAACUUUUUUCUCUGAGUAAUCUGACUUUUUCUCACUUUUUCUCUUGAAAUUGUUUUUUUUUUUGCGGCAAAUACAAUUCUUUGUAAGUUUUUCUUGUAAUCAAACAAGUUUAUUGUUGUAAAAGAAUUUUUCCCCCUGAAAAAUAGGACUUUUCUAUGAAGAUGUUUUUUUUUUUUUUUGCAUCAAUUUUACAAUUUAUUUCUUGUAAAUGUACACGUCUGCUCUCGUAAUAUUGGAACUUUAAUCUGGGAAGAUUACGACUUUUCGUAAAAAUGUAGCUUGCUUUUGUUAAAUCAGAUUUUUUCUGUUAGGAUUGCGAUUUUUUUUUCCCCCUCAAGAAAUAACAUUUUUUUGGGCUUAUAAAGUUGCAACUUUAUUCAAACUGACCACUUAACAUUAUGAUUUUCUUAGAAAAAUAGAUUGUUUUUCAUGGGAUUUAUUUCAACUAUUCUUGUAAGAUGAUACAUUUCACAACUGUACACGUUUUUGUUUUUUUUUGUCAUAAUAUUGCAACUUUAGGACUUUUUUGUAAAAAUGGUAUUUGUUCUUAUAAGGUUACAACUUUGUUGUUCCCCAUCAGAUUUUCUCUGUUAGGAUCGAGAUUUUUUUUCUCAAAUCUAUUUUUGCUUAUUAAAUUGCGACUUCAUUCAAAUUGAACACCUAUGAUGACGAUUUUCUUCAAAAAAAAAAAAUCCAACAUUUUUCGAAGGAAUAUUUUAACUUUAUUGUCAUAAGAGAAUACUUUGUUUUGCAUUUGUAUAAAAUUCAGUGUGACUUUUGCAAGAUUAGGGCUUUUCUCUCAGAAAAUUUGCACUUUUUCUUGUACGAGUUCAACAUUUUUUUGUCAUAACAUUAAGACUUUAUUCUUUGUCUGGCGGGCAAUUUUGCUCUUCGGUGUGGCCCAAACACUCUUACAUGAUGAAACAACAAAAGCAUGACUUGUAAUGCGAUGUGAGCCUUUCAUGGUGCGCUCACUGAACUAUACAGACAAGACACAAGUGGUCACAUGACACUCAUCAGCAUGAUCACGAAUGAGCUGAUAAAAAGAAAGAAAGAACAACUUUAAGGCUCCGUUUUGCUCAAAUUAAUCAUCUCUAAUAUGUAAAUGUAAAACCUAAAAACCUUGAACUCCUAUCAGUCCACCAUUAAAAUGACUGUGACUGUAUGGGAUGAAUAGUGACAGCUAAAUGUGUGCGUUUUAUCUGUGAACUGAGGAAUAUAAAUAACACUGGUGCGGUCUUCGGCGUGUAUAUCUGGUGACGUAUUCUACAAGUGAGUGCCAGGGAAAGUGGGACAAACUAGUCAUCUAAACAGACAAGUGUCAUUAGGCGUCCUCCCUGGAAAGCAAAGUCUAAAGUCAGCUUGAUUCUAGGAGAGAGUCUGUCUAUUUUCUGCAUUUUUAGUUCAUUUUGUGGUCUGUAUUUCUGUCUGUGUGCGUGUGUCUGUAUGUGUGUGUGUGUGUGUGUAUCUGGGUGUGUGGGAUGCUGACGCUGCGCAGUGCUGUUAAAAAAAAAAAAAAAAAAAAAAACAA